UCACUCGCUACUGUGGUCGCCGCGCAGCGUAGUCGUCGAGCUCCUCCCCUUUGCUAGAGUUUUUAGAGAGAGAGAGGCAUCACCAUGACUGAGAACGAUGUUGACAAUGAGCUGCUGGAUUAUGAGGACGAUGAGGUGGAAAACCAGGCAGCUGGAGAUGGAGUUGACGUUCCAUCUAAGAAAGACGUCAAGGGAUCGUAUGUCUCAAUCCACAGUUCUGGCUUCCGUGAUUUCCUGUUAAAACCAGAGCUCUUACGUGCCAUUGUUGAUUGUGGCUUUGAGCACCCCUCAGAAGUGCAACACGAGUGUAUCCCGCAGGCAAUCUUGGGCAUGGAUGUCCUGUGCCAGGCGAAAUCUGGCAUGGGCAAGACUGCCGUUUUUGUUCUUGCUACACUUCAGCAGUUGGAGCCAGUCACGGGACAGGUGUCUGUGCUGGUGAUGUGUCACACCCGUGAGCUGGCCUUUCAGAUCAGCAAGGAGUAUGAGCGCUUCUCCAAGUACAUGCCCAGUGUCAAGGUGGCGGUGUUCUUUGGGGGCCUGUCCAUCAAGAAAGACGAGGAGGUGCUGAAGAAGAACUGCCCCCACAUUGUGGUGGGGACCCCGGGCCGCAUCCUGGCUUUGACCCGCAACAAGAGCCUCAACCUCAAGCACAUCAAGCACUUCAUCCUGGACGAAUGUGACAAGAUGCUUGAGCAGCUUGAUAUGCGCCGGGAUGUCCAGGAGAUCUUCCGCAUGACCCCACAUGAAAAGCAGGUCAUGAUGUUCAGUGCCACUCUCAGCAAGGAAAUCCGCCCUGUGUGCCGCAGAUUCAUGCAAGACCCUAUGGAGAUCUUCGUGGAUGACGAGACCAAGCUGACGCUGCACGGUCUGCAGCAGUACUAUGUCAAACUGAAAGACAACGAGAAGAACCGCAAGCUCUUUGACCUGCUUGACGUGCUGGAGUUCAACCAGGUGGUCAUCUUCGUGAAGUCUGUGCAGCGUUGCAUAGCACUGGCUCAGCUACUGGUGGAGCAGAAUUUCCCCGCAAUCGCCAUUCACAGGGGCAUGCCCCAGGAGGAGAGGUUGUCACGGUACCAGCAGUUCAAAGAUUUCCAGCGCCGUAUCUUGGUGGCCACUAAUCUCUUUGGUCGCGGCAUGGACAUUGAGCGGGUCAACAUAGCUUUCAACUAUGACAUGCCGGAGGAUUCAGACACCUAUCUGCACCGGGUGGCUCGUGCUGGGCGCUUCGGCACAAAGGGUCUCGCCAUCACUUUUGUGUCUGAUGAAAAUGACGCUAAGAUCCUGAACGAAGUGCAGGACCGCUUCGAGGUGAACAUCAGUGAGCUGCCUGAUGAAAUCGACAUCUCCUCCUACAUUGAACAGACCCGAUAAAGGGGGCUUCGCCUCUCUACGUUGACCUUGGUUCAAAUUCCUGACCUCCUUCACUCCCCUGAAACUUCACGUUUAAUUUCACCUGACGGAGAAUGAGGUGACUGACAGUCUGGAACACACAAACACACCCCACUCCCUUGGCAGAAAUGGAAGCGCUUCUGUCACUAGGCUGUGCAGAGUGGAGAUGGGGCUGACCUCAGCAGACCUCCAGAGCCCUAGGAGAGCCCUCAGGGCAAAAGUCCCAUUGCUUAGCUGGCCCUAAGAUGUCGCGGAGGGUCCCAUGCUGGUGCCUCCACACGAGACCCACUUCCAGAUGGAUUUCCACCGCCUGCCUGCCUGCCUGCCUGCCAGCAACAUUUUGGGUCUUCAUCUAUUGUAUUGCUCCAGUUCAUCCCUACGUCAGCACUACCCAGUGAUCUGCCUCCAUGAUUGGAAGCACAAAACGGGGGGGAAAGUUUCGGUGCUCUGAGAAUCCCUGGCAUUUCAAAUUAUGUUUUGUUGGGGGGAAAGCUAAAUACACGAACAUUCUUUUGUAUGCCCAUUCAUGCUGUUUUUAAGACGUUUUGUUUUUCUUACGUGUGUGUUCCCCCUCAUUUUUAAUUUUGUCUGCAUGUUAAUAUUAAUCCCCUGUCCCAGCUGGUAUCUCUUGGCAGGAACACUAGUAGUGAAAAAUUGGUAAUGUUUUAGCUGUGGCUUGUUCUCUUUCCCCUUGAUACCCUCUUAUUUUAUUUUUUUUUGGUAAUAAAGGAGCCCAGCUCUUAUGAGUGUCUAAUUAAACUAGACUUGUGAGUAA